UAUGGUAAAAGAAACAUCAAGAGCAUCUUGGUCCCAUUCAUAUGAGAGAGGUUUAGCUGAGCUACUAGUAGAGCACAAUGUUCCAGUCUACAGAGGUCAGAAUGGUUGGGUAGCAGAAGGGUGGAAGAGCAUCGUAUCAAAAUUCAAUCUCAAGUUUCCAUCUGCUCAGUUCACAAAGCAGCAGAUCCAGGAGAAAGAAAAGGACAUGAAAGCCAAUUACAAAGCUGUUCGAGAUGCUCGAAAACAGAGUGGUACAGGCUGGGAUAAUUCUCUGGGUAUGAUAAUUGCCGAGCCAAUAAUCUGGGAAAAACUGAAGAAGGACUAUCCAAGGGUAAAGAGAUACGAAGGAAAGCCAUUUUUGUUGUUCCCUAUACUGGCUUCACUCUAUGAAGGUAGUAUUGCUACAGGAGAUCUGAACUUUCUAUCAAUUCCUAGUGUGGACCUUACAAGUGAUGUUGUUUCACCCACCGACUCGUCUACAAAUCAACAUGGAAUGUUAAAUCCCUUCUCUACCACUCAUGAUGCUGGUCAGUCGUCUAAUAUGCAUGGUCAAGAGGCUGAACCGACAACAAGUGCUAGCUCUGGACAGAAAGUAGAUGAGCCUGUGAAGAAGAAAAGGAAACAGAGUCAGAUAGCUCAAGUACUUGAAGACUACGUGGACUUCAAAAAGCAACAAAGUCAGACAUUUGUCGAGGAAAUGAAGGAACCAAAGCAAAAAGACCAGUUCACCAUUGCAAGUUGUGUGGCGGCACUAGAAACAAUAGAUGAAGAGGAACUUUCAAUUGCACAGAAGUCAAAGGUGCUGCGGCUUUUCAAAUGCCAGCUCAAUCGAGAGAUUUUUCUCAAUACAAAGGACCCAAUCCUUCGGACUUUUUGGUUGAAAGAAGAAAUCUCGGCGAUGGAGAAAGCAUAAGGUAUCUGGAGCUAUUUCAACAUGCAGAAUGGCUAUCUGUUGUUAUUCAUUGUGUGUCCUGUGAUGGUGUCGAUGACGAUUAGAAUGUUUACAAUUAUGUUUGUGUGCCUUGUGAUGGUGUUAAUUCAAGACACAGUGAAUGUUCUAAAUGUAUGAUGUCGUGCCGAUUGUUUAAACUUAUGUUUAUUUGCCUUGAGAUGUAUAGAUUGAUGUUUGCUUAUGUUGGCGUGGUUGAAUAUGUUAGUUAUUGCUAGCUAUUUGUGUAUUUCAGAA